AUGGCUUCUCACAAAGCAUUGAUUUCACUCCAUUUGUUCACAUUCACUCUUCUUUACCUUGCCUUUACCACUCUAUCCCAAGUCCCUAAAAACCAGACCUUCAAAUUCAUCAACCAAGGUGAUUUCGGAGACCGAAUAAUCGAAUACGAUGCUAGCUACCGUGUUAUCCGAAACGAUGUUUACACCUUUUACACAUUUCCAUUUCGCCUAUGCUUCUACAACACCACUCCUGAUGCUUACAUUUUCGCCAUCCGGGCCGGCAUCCCCGACGACGAAAGCCUUAUGCGUUGGGUUUGGGACGCCAACCGCAACGAUCCGGUGCACGAAAACGCCACGCUGACGUUCGGUCAGGAUGGAAACUUUGUGUUAGCCGACGCGGACGGUCGCGUGGUGUGGCAAACAAACACAACCAAUAAAGGUGUCACUGGCAUCAAGUUGCUACCAAAUGGUAACUUAGUGCUGCAUGAUAAGAAUGGGAAAUUCAUAUGGCAAAGUUUUGAUCAUCCCACUGAUACUUUAUUAGCGGGCCAGUCGGUUAAAAUCAACGGUGUUAACAAGCUUGUUAGCCGAACUUCUGACAUGAUCGGCUCCGGUGGACCUUACAGUAUAGUUCUUGAUCAUAAGGGGUUCACCAUGUUUGUAAAUAAUUCAGGUCAGCAACUUAUAUAUGGAGGCUGGCCGGAAACUGAUUAUGGAAGCAUCAUAACCUUCGAUGUUGUACCUGAGAAUGAUGAAGCAACCGCAUAUGAGCUAGUCCUGACUGUAAACCAGGAUCAGGCGCCGGCUGCACCGGCACCCGCCAAUGGGCGCCGUCUCCUUCAGGUUCGUCCUAUAGGUAAUGGGGCGCAAAUUAACCUCAAUAAACUCAAUUACAAUGCUACAUAUUCAUUCCUGCGGCUUGAUUCAGAUGGGAAUCUAAAGGCCUUCACUUAUUAUGACAAAGUGAGUUAUCUAAAAUGGGAAGAGAGUUUUGCAUUCUUUUCAAGUUACUUCGUGAGGGAAUGUGCAUUGCCAUCAAAGUGUGGCACAUACGGGUUAUGUGACAAGAGGAUGUGCGUGGCCUGCCCAACCCGAAAGGGGCUGCUGGGAUGGAGCGAAAGCUGCAUGCCGCCGAAGGUGCCACCGUGCGGGAAAGGGGCUAAGGUUGGUUACUAUAAGAUUGUGGGGGUGGAGCAUUUUCUGAAUCCAUAUUUGAACGACGGAGAGGGGCCAAUGAAGGUUGCAGAAUGUAGAGACAAAUGUAACAAGGAUUGCAAGUGUUUGGGAUUUUUCUACAAGGAAGAUAGUUCAAAAUGCUUGCUUGCACCAAUGCUUGGAACUCUCAUUAAAGAUCAGAAUACUUCAGUGGGAUAUAUCAAGUAUGGAGUGUAAAUUUGUUUAUGAGAAUUAAUCCAACCAAAUAAAAAAGGAUUUUAAUGCUUUCUAUUAGUAUUGUGUACUUCUGAAUUUAGGAAAGGUUUUUAUUGGAAAAGUUGUAUCAUGUCAAUAAUCAAAUGCUGAGUACAGCGUACUGGGUAAGUUCUUUUUUAGUCCUAUCAAGGUAACUUUGUAGGGCAAACUGACCCUCCCAUAAGUAUUAUUGGAUCAGCCAAAGAGCCCAAUUGAAGGGCUGGGUUGAUUUCAAAUGCUACAUGUAUAUGAAAAUUAUCUUCACUAUUA